UAUGUACAUGGUAACAUUAUUACUUUUGACAGUUUCCAGUUCAUGACAGCUCACGCAUAAACUCCUUUUCAAUCGGCCAUUUUUGUCGCGACUGUCUACGAACAUGUCGCAUAGAAAGUUUUCGGCGCCCCGUCAUGGGUCCAUGGGAUUCUACCCCAAGAAGAGGUCCCGCCGUCAUCGUGGUAAAGUAAAGGCAUUCCCCAAAGAUGAUGCUAGCAAGCCAGUCCACCUUACCGCCUUCAUCGGCUACAAGGCCGGUAUGACCCACGUGGUUCGUGAACCCGACCGUCCUGGAUCAAAGAUCAACAAGAAGGAGAUCGUAGAGGCUGUGACUAUCAUUGAGACGCCACCAAUGGUGUGCGUUGGUGUGGUUGGUUACAUUGAAACUCCUCAUGGUCUCCGCGCUCUGCUCACUGUUUGGGCCGAGCACAUGUCGGAGGACUGUCGUCGUCGCUUCUACAAGAACUGGUAUAAAUGCAAGAAGAAGGCAUUCACUAAGGCCAGUAAGAAAUGGCAAGAUGAGCUUGGACGCAAGUCCAUUGAAAAGGACUUCAAGAAAAUGAUCCGCUACUGCAGUGUGGUCAGGGUAAUUGCUCACACCCAGAUGAAGCUGUUGAAACAGCGUCAAAAGAAAGCUCACAUCAUGGAGAUCCAAGUUAAUGGUGGAACCAUUGAAGAUAAAGUCAAUUGGGCUAGGGAACACCUAGAAAAGCCCAUUCCUAUAGACUCUGUGUUUGCUCAGGAUGAGAUGAUUGACUGCAUUGGUGUCACCAAGGGUAAAGGAUACAAAGGUGUGACCUCACGUUGGCACACAAAGAAGCUGCCCCGCAAGACGCACAAGGGUCUGCGUAAGGUAGCUUGUAUUGGAGCAUGGCAUCCUUCUAGAGUGUCAUUCACUGUUGCCCGUGCUGGUCAGAAGGGUUACCACCACCGUACAGAGAUGAACAAAAAGAUCUACCGUAUUGGACAAGGAAUCCACACCAAGGAUGGCAAGGUUAUCAAGAACAAUGCUUCUACUGAAUAUGACUUGUCUGAGAAGUCCAUCACCCCUAUGGGUGGUUUCCCCCACUAUGGAGAAGUCAACAAUGACUUUGUCAUGAUCAAGGGUUGCUGUAUGGGACCCAAGAAGCGUGUCAUCACUUUGAGGAAGUCCCUGCGCACCCACACGAAGAGAGCCGCUCUUGAGAAGAUCAACCUCAAGUUCAUCGACACAUCGUCCAAGUUUGGUCAUGGUCGCUUCCAGACGCCGGCUGACAAGGCUGCCUUCAUGGGAACUCUCAAGAAGGAUCGCAUUCGUGAAGAAGCUGCGGCUACCACCGCCCCUGCGGCUCCCGCCCAGUCUUAAACAUCUGUUUAGACAAAUAAAAAUAAGAAAAACUUA